CAACCUUGCUCUAGAGUCUGGUCUCUUCCAAAAUUUCUUGCAUCGAUUUUUCAAAUUCCUCCUCCAUCCCUCAUUUGCCUUCCCUACCCGUCCAUCAAUCUUUCUUCUCCAUUCGCGCAAAUCCCUAAUCGCUUAGCCCACUUUCUUCCUCUCCCCGCGCCCGUCCUCAUCGCCAAAUCUCUUUCUCCAAUCAAGACAAUGGCUCAAACCAACACCGCCAAUACCCUCGGCUCCUCCAACGACGAUCGCGAGGAAUCAAGUCCUCUCUUGAACAUGGCGACCACCGAGGAAGAACAAGUAUCCGAUAAGAAACCCACCAAAGUAUUGGCCGCCACCGACACCAAACCCGCCGCCACAGCCGCUUCUCCACUGGCAAAAUCGGCAGCGGCUGGGCAGGGAGGUUCUGCCGCCGAGCAUGGGUGGACGACUGAUGGAUUGCCGUUGGGUCACGGAAGCGUGGUGGGGGAGCCUAUGGGCAGGGCGCAAUGGGAUUCAGGGAUCUGCGAUUGCCUUGGCCGGAACGAUGAGUUCUGUAGCAGCGAUCUUGAAGUCUGUCUUCUUGGCAGUGUAGCCCCUUGCGUGUUGUAUGGAAGCAACGCUGAGAGAUUGGGAUCAAGUCCAGGAACAUUUGCAAACCAUUGUUUGCCUUACACUGGCCUCUACUUGAUUGGCAACUCUGUGUUCGGUUGGAACUGCCUUGCUCCGUGGUUUUCAUACCCCAACCGCACUGCAAUGCGCCGCAGGUUUAACCUCGAGGGAAGCUGUGAGGCAGUGAACAGGUCGUGUGGAUGUAUUGGAAGCUGCAUUGAAGACGAGUUCCAGCUUGAACAAUGUGAGACUGCAUGUGAUUUUUCUACUCAUGUUUUCUGUCACCCGUGCGCCCUUUGCCAGGAAGGCCGGGAGAUUAGGCGCAGGGUGCCUCAUCCUGGCUUUAAACCUCAGCCCAUGCUGGUUAUGCUCCCUCCCGGUUAUCAGACCAUGGCUCGCCAGCCUUGA